AUGUCAAACCUGUCACCCAGGUACAGGGUCUACGUCUUCAAGGCGUUGCGACCGGUUGGCGAGUUCGUGAAUAAUGUUUACAGCGUCAUCACCGACUUCUGGACAGCGUCACUAGAGAGCCUGCCCACUCCGAAGCUGGAGUGCCACGUCAGUGUCACGCUGAGCGUCCUGGGCAAGAUUGGGCAAGACGAGGUCCGCAGUGGUGUGAUCAGAGAGAACCGCGAGACUCGCCUCAGAGAUCUCAAGCACACUAUUCUGGGUCACGUGGAAGAGCUGGACGCAGACCUGACGACCCUGCUGGAGGAGUUCACCGACGUCUUCAAGGAAGACCAGGUGGAGUCGAUCGUGGAGGCCAUCCACAGUGUCAAGCGACGCGUCACCCUGGCGACUCUGCCCGACGAUGCUGACUUGCAGCUGAAAUCUUGCAACCAGUGUCGCUGGGCCAAACACGGCUCGAACUGGAAGUUGAAAUGCGUCUAUCAGACAUCUGAUGGCGACUGGGUCACGUAUUUGGAAGUCGCGCCGGCCGGGCGGCCAUGGGGUAUAGGCUGCAAAAUAUGCGCUGAUCUGUACAAGUUGGAUCCUACAGCACAUGGCAAGACGACCCCGUUCAUGUUGCAUACGUCGUGGCCCCAGCGAUUCAUUGACUCAGUGUCGCAUGCGUUCUAG